AUGACCGUCCCGACGGACGUCGACAAAGUGUCCAUCCUGGGCAAGGAGUCCAUCCACUGUGGCUUCCACCUCAUCCCUUACAUCGUGGACACGGUCGUAAAGACCCUGCCCUCGUCUACAUAUGUCCUCAUAACCGACACGAACGUCGCGGGUUUCCACUUGCCCGCGUUCGAAUCUGAGUUCGACCAGGCGAUCAGCAAACUGCCGGCGCAGGGCAGACCCAGAUUCCUCUCCUUGGUCAUCCCGCCCGGGGAGACCUCGAAGAGCCGAGAAGGCAAAGCGAACAUCGAAGACUUCCUGUUGCUGCACAGAUGCACCCGGGACACAGUCAUUCUCGCCCUGGGCGGAGGAGUCAUCGGCGACCUGGUGGGCUUCGUCGCGGCGACCUUCAUGCGCGGCGUACGCUUCGUGCAGAUCCCGACUACUCUCCUCGCGAUGGUCGACUCGAGCGUGGGCGGCAAGACCGCGAUCGACACGCCGUUAGGAAAGAACCUCAUCGGUGCCUUCUGGCAGCCGGAGUACAUCUUUAUCGACGCUGCAUUCCUCGAGACGCUACCCGCGCGCGAGUUCUCAAACGGCAUGGCCGAAGUAGUUAAAACGGCAGCGAUCUGGAACGAAGACGAGUUCAUCGCGCUCGAGUCACGCUCCGCCGCGCUCUUCUCGGCCAUCCAGACCCCCUCGGCGAACUUCGCCGGACGUACCAAGUCGACGCGCUCAGCGGCGCAGGAACUCCUGCUGUCGGUCAUCGUCGGCUCCAUCUCCGUCAAGGCGCAUAUCGUGACGGUCGACGAGCGCGAGACCGGGCUGCGCAACCUGGUCAACUUUGGCCAUACCAUCGGACAUGCCAUCGAAGCAGUCCUCACCCCGUCCAUGCUACAUGGGGAAUGUGUCAGUAUCGGUAUGAUCCUCGAGGCAGAGGUUGCGAGGAGUAUGGGCAUCCUCGGUCAAGUUGGAGUGGGGAGGUUGAACAGGUGCCUGAAGGCGUAUAACCUGCCAGUGUCGUUGAACGAUCCUCGUAUCACGAGUCUCCCCGCGAGCAAGCUGUUGACAGUUGACAGGCUGCUUGACAUCAUGAGAGUCGACAAGAAGAACAGCGGCGCUCAGAAGAAGAUUGUCAUCCUGAGCAGGAUCGGGAAGACGUACGAGGAGAAGGCGACGAACGUCUCGGACGAGAUCAUCGCGAAGACACUCGCAGAUGCGGUCAGGGUCGUUCCGGGAACGCCGAGCAAGAACCCGGUCAGGAUGGCCACGCCCGGGUCGAAGAGCAUCUCCAACCGAGUUUUGCUGCUCGCUGCUCUUGGGACCGGGACGUGCAGACUCAAGAACCUGCUGCACUCUGAUGAUACGCAGGUCAUGAUGUCCGCGCUUAUGGAUCUGAAGGGAGCUAGCUUUGCAUGGGAAGACGGAGGCGAGACCCUUGUAGUAAAGGGCGGCGGCGGAUCCCUCUCAGUGCCCCCUCCAGGCAAAGAGAUCUACCUCGGCAACGCAGGCACUGCUGCCCGCUUCCUCACCACCGUCUGCACUCUUGUGCAACAGGCUUCCGGCGACGCCACCACCGAGUCUGCGAAGACCACUGUGAUCACCGGCAAUGCGCGCAUGAAACAGAGACCUAUCGGGCCCUUGGUAACUGCCCUCAGAGCUAACGGCAGCUCCAUCGACUACCUUGAGAACGAAGGCUGCUUGCCGUUGUCCAUUGCGCCGAAUGGGUUUAAAGGCGGCCGCGUCCAGCUGGCGGCGAGCGUAUCGAGCCAAUACGUGUCCUCGAUUUUGCUCUGCGCGCCCUACGCACGAGAAGAAGUCACGCUCGAGCUCACCGGCGGGCAAGUCAUCUCGCAGCCGUACAUCGACAUGACAAUCGCGAUGAUGAAGAGCUUCGGGAUCGAGGUCGUCCGCGAGAAGGAUGCGGACGGGAAAUUGCUGGACGUGUACCGCAUCCCGAAGGGCACGUACAAGAACCCCGAGGCGUACAGCAUCGAGAGCGACGCGAGCAGCGCCACGUACCCGCUAGCGGUCGCGGCUAUCACGGGCACGACGUGCACGAUCGAGAAUAUCGGGAGCGAGUCCUUGCAGGGCGACGCGCGGUUCGCGAAGGAGGUCCUGGAGCGGAUGGGCUGCAAGGUCGUGCAGACCGCUACGGAGACCACUGUGACGGGCCCGCCGAAGGGGCAAUUGAAGGCCCCUGGAUACAUCGACAUGGAGCCGAUGACGGACGCGUUCUUGACGGCGAGUGUGUUGGCCGCUGUAGCCGCAGGACCUGGCAGCGUGGAAGGAAACGUCACCAGAAUUGAGGGGAUUGCGAACCAGAGGGUCAAGGAGUGCAAUCGUAUCAAGGCCAUGAUCGAUCAACUGGCGAAAUUCGGGGUUGAGACUAAAGAACUGGAUGAUGGUCUCGAGAUCUACGGCAAGCACAUCUCGGAGCUGAAGCAAGGCGCCAGUGUACACUGCUACGAUGACCACCGUGUAGCAAUGGCCUUCAGUGUCCUCGCCACUGUAGUCGGUGGUACAGUCCUGGAGGAGAAGCGUUGUGUCGAGAAGACUUGGCCCAAUUGGUGGGAUGACCUUGAAAACAAGAUUGGCAUCAAGGUGGAGGGUGUGGAGCUGGCUAGUACAGUGGAGUCCAGUGCUUCUCCCAGCGGAACGCUUGAGAAGGACCCGAAAGCCUCUGUCGUCAUCCUUGGUAUGCGAGGCUCAGGCAAGACUUUCAUUGGUGAAUUGGCUGCGUCGACUCUGGGGUGGCCGUUCGUCGAUGCAGACGUCUACUUCACUGAGAAGCAUCAAACUGGUGUCCGCGAGUACGUUCACCAGAAUGGCUGGCCCUCCUUCCGCACUGCGGAGACCGAGAUUCUCAAGGAACUCUUGUCCACUUACCCCAGCGGCCAUGUAAUCAGCCUUGGCGGCGGAAUCGUCGAAACUCCUGAAGCCAGGGAUGUCCUCAAGCAGUAUGCGAAGAAGGGGCCCGUCGUUCACAUCGUGCGUGAGGUUGACGAAGUUGUCAAAUACCUUGGCGAGGAGACCAGCAGACCUGCCUACGGAGAGCCUGUUACCGAUGUUUUCCGUCGUCGCGAACCUUGGUUCCUCGAAUGCUCUAACUACGAGUUCGUCAACUACACCGGCGUUCUUACUUCUCCUAAUGGUCAUGCAGAUACCGCUGGCGGAGUAGCUAACGGCGAAGACUAUCUUGCGGGCAAGCCUCUCAGCUCUGUCAGGGACGAAGUGGCCCGCUUCUUCGGUCAUAUAACAGGACAAAAGCCCAACUUGGCAUCCAAUCUCGCCAAGGACACGCGUUCGUAUUUCCUGUCUCUCACGUAUCCUGAUGUUACGCCGUCUUUGCCUCACAUAGAAGAACUUACCACCGGAGUGGACGCUGUGGAAUUGCGGGUGGAUCUUCUACGGUCACCGAAAGACAUCGGUGGCUUUACCACGUAUGUUCCUCCGGCUGCAUAUGUCGCGGAGCAGCUUGCUGCCUUGCGCAGGAAAACGACGCUGCCGAUCGUCUUUACUGUCCGAACUGCUUCGCAAGGUGGUUCCUUCCCCGAUGGCGACGAGAAAGCAGCCUUCGAACUCUUCAACCUCGCCGUCAGGACCGGCAUUGAGUACAUCGAUGUCGAGAUAUCCUGGUCUGAGAAGCGUAUCAAGGAUUUAUCUGCUCGGAAGGGUCACUCGCAAAUCAUCGCCUCCUGGCAUGAUUGGAGCGGGAAGAUGAAGUGGAACAGUGCUGAAGUGAAAGAGAAAUAUGACACCGCAGCGCGUCUGGGAGAUAUUGUGAAGAUUGUGGGGAAGGCGAACUCCCUGGAGGACAACUUUACGCUCUACGAGUUCGUUUCCAAGAUGCGCGCCGCAGCAGAUUCUAAGCCGUUCAUCGCCAUUAACAUGGGAGUUGAAGGACAGAUGUCUCGGAUUCUGAACUCGUCCUUUAGCCCUGUUACCCACCCUCUUCUCCCGUCUAGGGCAGCGCCGGGACAACUGUCGUUCGUCCAAAUUCAGACGGCUUUGCAUCUGAUUGGCCAACUCCCCGCUCGCCGAUUCUUCAUCUUCGGCAACCCAAUUGCCCACUCAAUGUCUCCCACUCUUCACAACUCCGGUUUCGAAGCCCUAGGACUACCGUACAAGUAUGAGAUCUUUGAGACAUCUGAAGUUGGAGAAGAGAUCAGGGCCGCAAUUGCCUCGCCUGACUUCGGCGGUGCCUCGGUGACCAUCCCCUUCAAGUUGGACAUCAUCCCGCUGCUCGAUGCGUUGUCACCUGAGGCUGAAGCCAUCGGCGCUGUCAACACCAUCAUACCUCAGACGAAGAAUGGUUCACACAUGCUGUACGGCGACAACACCGACUGGAUCGGAAUCCGCGAGUCCAUCCUCUCCCGCCUGCCGAGCAGCAUAAAGAAGCCGGAAGCAGCUCUUAUCAUCGGUGCCGGAGGCACCUCCCGCGCGGCCAUCUACGCUCUGCAGAACCUCGGGGUUGCCCGCAUCUACCUGUUCAACCGGACCCGCAGCAGCGCGCAGGCGCUAGUGGACGCCUUCCCCAACGCGCACAUCGAGCUCGUAGACGAGCUGGGCAAGUGGCCUGACGACGGCCCCGCGCCGUCGGUGAUUAUCUCCACUGUCCCCGCGUCAGCUACAAGCGUCGAGAGCUCGUCCGAGGGGCUGUACCUCCCGAGCGCAAUAUUCGCGCCCGAGGGCGGCGUGGUGAUCGACAUGGCGUACAAGCCGGCGAUGACGCCCUUGCUGACUCUGGCGGCUUCAACUCCGUCAGGUAAAAAGUGGAACGCGGUGAAGGGCGUGGAGGUGCUGCUCGAGCAGGGGUACAGGCAGUUCGAGUUGUGGACGGGAAGAAGGUGCCCGCGGAAGGUGGUCGCCCAGAAGGUUUGGGAGAAAUACAAUGCGUAGACUUCAACCGUCUAGAGAAAUAGCAACAAUGUAUUCAAAAUAUAAUGAAUCUA